CCACGUGUUUACAUGUUUGAUUUUUGAAAUAUAGCUUAAAUUCUUUGUAUUGUGUUAUGCAUAUUUAUUAUGCUUGUGGAUGCAGAAGUUAAAUCUUGAACUUGUGUAGCUCGCUGAUCAUUUGUAUUUAUCUUCAAGUUCAGGUAGAACGGAAGUCUUUAUGGUCACACACUGACAGUGGUGUAGAUUUUGUAGGAAGACAAACAAAAUACAGGCCAUUUGAUUAAAACAGCUCAUCCUCAUCAUAAAAGUCUAAUUCACACACAAUAAGUUCCUAUAACAAACCAGCUCUGGCGUUUCCUCCUAUUUGUUUCAGACUGUUGACCCGUCAUCAUGGCGGCACCCAGCAUUUCUCACUCUGGAACAUCUAGUUCCAAUCUGGCCUUCGAGGAUUAUUCUCUCUACAGUAAUCUGAAUGAUGAUGAGCUGCUUCAACUCGCCAUCGAACGCAGUCUGACUGACACACACUGCAACACAGCCACCGACAAUGCAACCAACACCAGCAGCACAACCAGCUCCACCAGCACCACCAACAACGCAACCAACACCAGCAGCACAACCAGCUUCACCAGCAGCACCAACAAAGCAACCAGCAGUGCAACCAGCUCCACCAGCAGCACCAACAAAGCAACCAGCAGUGCAACCAACACCAACAGGCCUCGUCAUCACCGAGAAAACAGACCGAACCCUUCAGCCAAGAACACAAACCAACCCAGCUGCAGUGCUCAUAAUCCUCCUCCUGCCGAAUCCACUGCACACUACAGUUCUCCAAAUCCUCCAAGUGAGAAGCCUCCUGAUCCGAAAACGUUUGAAGGGACGAUCAGUCGUUUCAUGACAGGUUCUGGAAAGAGGAUGGUGGCCUAUCGCAGAAAUGAUGGCAGUCUGGUCUACAUGGCUCCAGAACCUGAAGAAGAGGAGGAGCCUCUGUUCAAAGCCAUUCGUACAGGUGAUGCAAACAAAGUGAGAGCACUGGUGAUGGAUCAGAGAACAAACCUGAUGCUGCCCAGUAAACCAGGCUGGCUAGCGGUUCAUCAGGCAGCAUGGUUCGGCCAGGACGCCAGUCUCCAUAUGUUGUUGUCAGCUCAGCCAGGGAUGGUCAACAAGAGGACAGCACGUGGUGAGACGCCGCUGCUGGUCGCUGUCAGCAAAGUGCAGCUGCAAUGUGCUCAAGUGUUGCUGGAAAAUGGAGCCGAUCCUGACAUCAUGAACUAUGAUAAAGAGACUCCACUCUACAAAGCCUGUGAGAGGAACAGUCCUGCAUUAGUUGCAUUGCUGCUGAACCAUGGAGCAGCGACAAACACUCGCUGCAUUCAGGGCUGGACGGCUCUGCAGGAAGCUGUGGUUCGAAACAAUGUGGAGAUCUGUGACAUGCUACUGAAGGCUGGAGCCAAACUCAACCUCACCAACAUGUACGGCAUCUCGCCACUCUUCACUGCAGCUCAGACUGGGCAGCUCGCCACACUGCGCUUCCUUCUAAGACAUGGUGCGGACAUUAACAGUCAGGCAGCUGAUGGAGCCACAGCCCUGUAUGAAGCUGCUAAAAAUGGACAUGAGAACAUUGUGGAGUUCCUGAUCUCCCAGAAUGCUGACGCCAAUAAACCCGGAAAGACGGGACUCUUACCACUUCACAUUGCCGCCCAAAGAGGAAGUGACACCAUUGUCUCCAUGUUGAUCCCAGCCACCAGUAAGGCCAGAAUCCGGCGGUGUGGCAUCAGCCCACUGCACCUGGCAGCUGAGCGUAACCGAGAUGAUGUCCUUGAGACUCUGAUUGAGGCUGACUUUGAUGUCAAUGCUCAGUUGUCUGAGGAGCGCACAAAGCUAUAUGAAGACCGCCGCAGCACUGCGCUCUACUUCUCCGUCAUCAACAACAACAUAGAUGCAGUGCGCAUGCUGCUGGCUGCUGGAGCCGACCCAAACCUGGACGUGUUUAGGCCACUGAUGGUGGCAGCCCGGCUAGGCUGCAUCCAGACUAUCACCCUGCUGGUGGAGCAUGGCGCAGAUAUCAACGCUUGCAUCCCCACCCACCCCACCACCUUCCCUGCCGUCUACAUGUUCUCCAUGAAGUACCUGCCAAUGUUCAAGUACCUGUUGGACCACGGAGGUGAUGCUCUCUCCUGUUUUGACUGUGUGUAUGGCAGUCGGGCUCAUCCACCAAUCAAAACCACUCGAUCGGACAGAGAAGGGAUCCGCAGCACUGACCUGCCAGAGAGACAGACGAAAAAGGGAAUUCAGUUCUGCGAGAUGAUCUCCGUCCCCAGUAUCUGUCGGUGGGCGGGGCCAAUCAUUGAUGUCCUAUUGGACUAUGUUGGUCAUGUGAGUCUCUGCUCAAGAUUGAUGGAACACCUUGACAGUUACCCAGAUUGGAGCAACAUCAAGGAGAAAGCAGCUCCUCCGCGGCCACUGCUGCAACUCUGCAGGCUGCAAAUUCUGCAGCUGGUUGGACAUCGAAAGUUGAAGAAGUUACCAUUGCCUGGAAGUCUGAUUCGCUUCCUGAAGCACCAGGAGAUGUCACUUGAUGACGAUUGAUUCUUACCCAGUUGAACCUGUUGACUGACUAAUCUACACUG